AUUUGUAUUUAUAAUCCAUAAACAAGUUCUUUACCAAGUUCAGCUGUUUCUCUAAAUUUUGAAUAGUCUUGAAGCUUAGAAAGUUUUUAUGCGCACGUUAUUUAACUGAAACGGCAGACGACGCAGUUAUAAACGAAUCAAAUACAUAUAUAUAUUAAUUUCAAAGUGAAAUUUACAGUGGAUGCUGGCAAAACCAAGAGCUUACAACGAGCAAUCAAAGAGUGUGGUACGUUGACUCGAGCGAACGAUUAAGAGAGCGAACGUUUCGUGGUCAAACAAAACAAUUGCUUUCACUAUCUGCGCGCUCAUAUUUGCGGUGGGCCUGCGUUGCGUUUUAAAAUAAAACUUCUGUCCGUGUGCGCCAGCAGUGCGUAAUGUUCCAUCGCUGCAAUAAACGAAUUAUAUAAUAUUUAUCCAUAGAGUGCAUUCAUUGAUUUUCCAACUGCUGGAAAAACCCGGCAAUUCCCUAGUUCCAGCAGCAGCUCCAGUCGUUGGAUAUGGCGCGUCUAAUUGAGACCAAUUUUGUUCCAAUUGCCGUGGGCGUUGUGGCUAUCGUUGCCGGCGCCUUGAUAGUCCACUAUUUUAUCAAUAAGAAGUCGACGAAGCCCCGUCGCGAACCCAAUCGAACCGCACGAUUGCGCACUUUAGUCGAUCCCAAUGAUAAGUAUCAGCUGCCCCUAAUCGAAAAGGAGGUGCUCAGCGCUGAUACGAGACGUUUUCGCUUUGGACUGCCCUCCAAGCAGCAUAUACUUGGUCUGCCUGUGGGCCAGCAUAUUCAUCUGAUUGCAACGAUUGACAAUGAGCUCGUCAUACGGCCGUAUACGCCUAUCUCGUCCGAUGACGAUGUGGGCUAUGUUGACUUGAUUGUAAAGGUGUAUUUCAAGGAUACGCAUCCCAAAUUCCCAGCGGGUGGCAAAAUGACGCAGCAUUUGGAAGAGAUGGAGCUGGGCGAUAAGAUUUCGUUCCGUGGACCCUCUGGACGAUUGCAAUAUCUGGGCAACGGUACCUUCUCCAUUAAGAAACUGCGCAAAGAUCCGCCCAAGCAUGUGACGGCCAAGUGCGUCAACAUGAUUGCAGGAGGCAGUGGCAUUACGCCCAUGUUGCAACUCGUACGUGAAGUACUCAAGCGCAGCGACAAGGAUAAGACGCAGCUUGCGCUGCUCUUUGCCAACCAGAGUGAAAAAGACAUAUUGCUGCGUGACGAGCUUGAUGAAUUGGCCAAGAAGCAUCCCGAUCAGUUCAAGGUCUGGUACACUGUGGACAAAGCAGCCGAAGGCUGGACCUAUAGUGUUGGCUUUAUCAAUGAUGAGAUGGUUGAAGCUCACCUGCUGCCCGCCAAUGACGACACGAUCGUACUGCUCUGCGGCCCGCCGCCCAUGAUUAACUUUGCCUGCAAUCCAGCAUUAGACAAGCUUGGCUAUCAUCCGGACACACGAUUUGCAUAUUAGCGAUGAUCAACGAUAUGUCUGCCAUAUAACUGCUCCACUUAAAGGAACUCACAUUCGCAUUUUUUUGUUGUCAGUUUCUCUUACGCUCAAGAGUUGCAUUUGGGACAAUAAUUAUAUGAAUAUAUCGAGAAUCGAGCAAGAAUUAAAUUAUAUUAAAUACUUCAUAUCGAGGUGGGUGUCCGGCGGCUCCAUUGGCAAUUGGAACAAAUCGAGCAAAUGCUAAAUCUCUUAGCAAUUUACUUUUGUUUUUUUAAUUUUUUCAAUAAACACUUGUUAUAAAUGAGAA